UCACAUUAAUUGUUGAUUGAUUUGUUUUCCAGGGCAUAUUUAUGCAAUUACUGCCUUGCCAGUUGUUGUAGUGCUCUGAAGAAGUUCAGUCGGUGUUUUCAAGUAAAUGAGGACCGUUGAAGUGGGUUCGUGACUGUGAAUUAGGUUAACUUUGUGUAAAAGCAUAAUGAGUUCUCGGCAUCGCGAUAGGAGCCGUUCUCGAUCUCGUGAUCGCGAGCGGCACAAGGAGCGCGACCGGGAGAAGGGUCGGGACCGUGAUCGGGACCGAGAGCGUGACCGGGAUAAAGAUCGAGACCGUGACCGCGAUAGAGACCGCGGUCGGGACCGGGACAGGGACCGCCACCGCUCUAAGAGAGACAAGGAGGAUCGAGGGCGUAGCCGUGACAGGCACAAGGAAAAACGCCGAAGUCGGAGCCGGAGUCAUAGCCGUGGGCGGAAGUCCAAAGAUAGGGAUGGAACCAUAGCCCUCCUGGACCAGAUGGUGGGCACCACAACAAAGGCGACAGCACGCGCAGUGGCCGGCAAUGGUGUAGCCAACCCUGCAGCGCAUGCUGCCAUCCUGGCUGCGGCAGCUGUUGCCCAGCAUAAUCAAAAUGAAUGCCAGAAGUAUGUCAACUACAUGACAUUCGUGGCGCAGCGGCGCAUGGCGGCCCCCGUCCAGCCGGCAGCGGCGGCGGCGGCGGCGCUGUCUGCCGCCACCGCCAUCCCGCUGCCCACCUCCGUGCAGCAGAAGCUCGAGCAGCUUCAGGCGCGCACCGAGGGCAGAUACAGGGACAAGUCCCAGCCCCCGCAGGACUACCACCCUGAUGAUGACACCGACGACGGCCAGGGUCCGCCGGGCGAGACGGCGGCGGAGCGGCGCGCGCGGCGGCGGCGCACGCGCUGGACGGGCGGCGCGCACGACAAGACCUUCAUCCCCGGCCUGCCCACCGCGCUGCCCUCCACGCUCACCCCGCAGCAGGAGGAGCAGUAUCUACUGCAGCUGCAGAUCGAGGAGGUGUCGCGGAAACUGCGCUCGGGGGACCUCGGCAUCCCGGCCAACAUCGACGAGAGGUCGCCAUCUCCUGAGCCGAUCUACUCGACCGACGGCAAGCGGCUGAACACCCGCGAGUACCGCACCAGGCGCAAGCUGGAGGAGGAGAGGCACCGGCUCGUCACCAGGAUGCAGACCAUCAACCCGGACUUCAAGCCCCCUCCGGACUACAAGCCACCAAUAAUCCGCGUGCACGACAAAGUGAUGAUCCCUCAAGAGGAGCACCCCGACAUCAACUUCGUGGGGCUCCUGAUCGGGCCCCGCGGCAACACGCUCAAGGCCAUGGAGAAGGAGACGGGCGCCAAGAUCAUCAUCAGGGGCAAGGGGUCCGUGAAGGAGGGCAAGGUCGGCCGCAAGGACGGACAGCCUUUGCCUGGUGAAGAUGAGCCUCUGCACGCGUACAUAACGGCGGCCAGCGCCGAGUGCGUCAAAAAGGCGCUCGACAAGAUCAAGGAAGUCAUUCGACAGGGUGUGGAGGUCCCGGAGGGGCAGAACGACCUGCGCCGCAUGCAGCUGCGCGAGCUGGCGCAGCUGAACGGCACGCUGCGCGAGUCCGACGCCCCGCGCUGCGCCAACUGCUCCGCGCUCGACCACAAGACCUGGCUGUGCCCCGACAAGCCCAACGUCACCUCCGCCGUCGUGUGCUCCGCCUGCGGGGGCGCCGGACACAUCGCCAGGGACUGCAGGGCCCGGCGGCCCGGACACACGCCCACCUCCAUGCCUAACAAGGCUAAGAUCGACGAAGAGUACAUGUCUCUGAUGGCGGAAUUGGGCGAGGCCCCGCCCCCCGGCAGCAACAACACCGGAGGGGGAGGGGGAGGGGGUGGAGGCAACAACGCUCGACGUUUCGGCGGCGGCCUGUUCCAGCACGCGCCGCCCGCGCGCGCGCUCAUGGCUCCGCCGCCCCAAGGCAACAUCCCCACGUCGCUGCCGCCGCCGCCCACCGCCUACCCGCCGCCGCCGCCGCCGCCGCACGCCGCGCCGUGGCUCGGCGUGGCCAACAACCAGCCGCCGCCGCCCGGCCUGCCGCCCGCCUUCCCGCCGCCGCCGCCGCCGCACCACCAGCACCACCAGCACCACCAACACCACCACCACCACCAGGGAGACAAGAUGGGCCCCGGUCCGGGUCCGGGUCCGGGACACAUGCAGCACAUGGCUCCGCCGCCGCCACCGCCUGGUAUGAUGGGCAUCCCCCCGCCGGGCAUGGGGGGCCCCCCGCCGGGCGCGGGCGGGGCGGGUCGCCCCCCGCCGGGCUGGCGCGGGGGCGGGGGAGGGGGCGGGUCGGGGGCUGGCGCGGGGUCGGGGUCGGGGGGCGGCUACAACCCGCCGCCGUGGGGCGCGCCGCCGCCCUUCCUCCGUCUCUUCAAUUUCCAAGUUGGGAAUAAAUGA